CAGGUGCUUUGCCGAUGGGUCAACCCAAAAUGCCUGCCAUAUACAUCUCGAAAUACAACAGAUUCGUCGACACCGUCAUCGGUCGCAUAAAUACAAUUUUGGGUAAAUCCUACGACCCCGUACGAGUCAAACUCCAAUCACUCGACAACAAAGCCAAAAAGACGAAAAAGAACACCAAAGGAAAUACGAAGAAUAAAAACAGGAACAAGAAUAAGAAGCGGAAUGGACAGAAGAAAAAUAACCCAGUGCAUAUGUCGAAUAAAAUGGGAGAAUUGGUUAUAGCCAGAGGAAAUCAAAUUGAAAACGAACCAAAAUUGAUAGAAAGCGAAACCCGCGAGCCUGCCUUUAUCCUAAUAUCCAAAGUCGGUUCUCAAAACUUCAUCAAGAACGUCACAGUGACCACUUCUGAGGUACGCGCGAAUCCAAAAAGGCCGUCCAAUAAAAACAAGCCAAAAAAGAAGAAGAAUGGUACAAAAGCAUCAAGCACAAGCGCAAACAAAAAUAAACCAACAAAAAACAAGACCAAAACUCCGCAAGCGACCAAGAAAAGCAAACCCAACGCCAGAGCUACACUGUUUGGAUUGAGCACUAUCAGAAGGGGUGGUGAUGUAGUUGUUAAUAUGCAGAGUGAUCAUACCACUGUCAAGACGAACUUUGUUUUGGGUCCGUUGACUUUGAGAGUUGAGCGAGAGACCGGAAAAGGCGCCAGAAGAGAACUGAAGACAGCUACAGCCACAACAGCUGAAAUGUUUGGCAGAUUAAAUUUGAAGAUAGUUCACGGAGGUUCGGCAAAUUUGCAGUCUAUUAGAGUGCUGCAACCAAAGCAAGUUAGAGUAGACAGUCUCGAUGACCAUGAUAAAACCAGAGAAUAUAUUUGGAAGCGUAGCGCCCAUAUUGCAUCGUUAGUAUCGCAGAAGCUUACAGCUGCAGCUAGAUCAAUGUUGAGGCAACAACCUAGGCUUUAAAUUUAGCGAAACCGUUAAUACAUCGCGUUUUAUUAUACAAUGAGCACGUAAAAGCUUACAGCUGCAACUAGAUCAAUAUUGAGGCAACAA